CCCGUUUGACAGCUGCGCGUCAUUCGCUCUCUCUUCGGGUGGCACGUGAGGCGCGCCUCGUUCGCGGGUAUCCCAGCGGGAUUGCUGGGAGGAGGAGGAGGAGGAGGAAGAAGAAGGUGGCUUUCCAGAGCGGCCUCUCCGAUGAGCCUCCGUUUACUGCGAGGCCGGCGCUAUGGCUGCUCUAUACCAGAGUGCAGACCCAUCGACCUUGGCUUCCCCGAACAAGCUGCUGGCAUUAAAGGACGUCCGGCAGGUGAAGGAAGAAACCACCCUGGACGAAAAAUUGUUCCUGCUGGCUUGCGACAAAGGUGAUUAUUACAUGGUGAAGAAACUUUUAGAAGAGAAUAGUUCUGGUGAGAUGAACAUAAAUUGUGUGGAUGUACUUGGGAGAAAUGCUAUUACCAUAAGUAUUGAAAAUGAGAAUCUAGACAUUCUACAGCUUCUGUUGGAUUAUGGCUGCCAGUCUACAGAUGCAUUAUUGGUGGCCAUUGACUCAGAAGUUGUGGGAGCUGUUGAUAUAUUACUUAAUCAUCGACCAAAGCGAUCCAGUAGACCAACGAUUGUUAUGUUUGUCUAUCUGUUGCAGAAAUUAAUGGAACGUAUUCAGAAUCCAGAAUACUCAACAACUAUGGAUGUGGCACCUGUCAUUUUAGCUGCUCACCGUAACAACUAUGAAAUUCUUACAAUGCUCUUAAAACAGGAUGUGUCGCUACCCAAACCUCAUGCUGUGGGGUGUGAAUGUACAUUGUGUACAGCCAAGAACAAAAAAGAUAGUUUACGUCACUCCAGAUUUCGUCUCGAUAUUUAUCGAUGUUUAUCUAGUCCUGCCUUAAUAAUGCUGACAGAAGAGGAUCCAAUUCUGAGAGCCUUUGAACUUAGUGCAGACUUAAGAGAAUUAAGCCUAGUAGAAGUUGAAUUCAGAAAUGAUUAUGAAGAACUGGCUCAGCAGUGCAAAACCUUUGCUAAAGAUUUACUUGCUCAGGCACGAAAUUCCCGGGAGCUUGAAGUUAUAUUGAAUCACACUGCAAGUGAUGAACAUGUGGAUAAACGAGGAUUACUAGAAGAGAGAAUGAAUUUGAGUCGACUAAAGCUUGCCAUUAAGUAUAACCAAAAGGAAUUUGUUUCUCAAUCUAAUUGCCAGCAAUUUCUCAAUACUGUCUGGUUUGGACAAAUGGCUGGUUAUCGACGCAAGCAUACAUUUAAGAAGAUUUUGACAGUCUUGACAGUUGGCAUCUUUUGGCCUCUACUAUCUUUUUGUUAUUUACUGGCACCAAGAUCUCAAAUAGGCAGAAUAAUUCAUACUCCUUUUAUGAAAUUUAUUAUUCAUGGAGCUUCUUAUUUUACAUUUCUGUUAUUACUUAAUUUGUACUCACUUGUCUACAAUGAAGAUAAGAAAAACACAAUGGGACCAGCAUUAGAGAGAAUAGACUAUCUUCUAAUACUGUGGCUCAUUGGAAUGGUAUGGUCAGAUGUUAAAAGACUUUGGUAUGAUGGCUUGGAAGACUUUUUAGAAGAAUCACGAAAUCAACUUAGUUUUGUCAUGAAUUCUUUGUAUUUGGCAACUUUUGCUCUCAAAGUUGUUGCCCAUAAUAAGUUCCAUGAUUUUGCUGAGAGGAAGGAUUGGGAUGCUUUCCACCCUACACUUGUGGCUGAAGGACUCUUUGCUUUUGCUAAUGUUCUCAGUUAUCUCCGACUGUUCUUCAUGUAUACAACAAGCUCCAUCCUAGGUCCACUUCAGAUUUCAAUGGGGCAGAUGUUGCAAGAUUUUGGGAAAUUUCUUGGUAUGUUCCUUUUGGUUUUGUUCUCAUUCACGAUUGGGUUGACUCAACUUUAUGAUAAAGGAUUUAGUACCCAUGAAGAGAAGGACUGUGCUGGGAUUUUUUGUGAGCAGCAAAACAAUGACACAUUCCAUUCGUUUAUUGGCACCUGCUUUGCUCUGUUUUGGUAUAUAUUCUCCCUUGCACAUGUAGCUCUAUUUGUCACCAGAUUUAAUUAUGGUGAAGAAUUGCAGUCUUUUGUGGGUGCUAUUAUUGUUGGCACAUAUAAUGUAGUAGUUGUCAUUGUUCUUACCAAGCUUUUAGUGGCAAUGCUUCAUAAAAGUUUUCAGCUAAUAGCAAAUCAUGAAGAUAAGGAAUGGAAGUUUGCUCGUGCAAAGCUCUGGCUUAGCUAUUUUGAUGAUAAAUGUACACAACCUCCACCUUUCAAUAUUAUUCCUGCUCCUAAAACAAUCUGCUACAUAUUUAACAGUCUCAGUAAAUGGAUUUCUUCUCACACGUCAUCAGGCAAAGUUAAGCGGCAGAACAGUUUAAAGGAGUGGAGAAAUUUGAAGCAAAAGAGAGAUGAAAAUUACCAAAAGGUGAUGUGUUGUUUAGUCCAUCGUUACUUGACUUCCAUGAGACAGAGAAUGCAAAGUACUGAUGAGGCAACAGUGGAAAACCUGAAUGAACUCAGACAGGAUUUAUCAAAAUUCCGAAAUGAAAUGAGAGACUUACUUGGUUUUCGGACAUCAAAAUAUGCCAUAUUUUAUCAAAGAAACUAAUUUUCAGACUUUUCUAAUGAUUGCACUCAGGCACCUACAUUUGCAGUGUGUUGGAUGGGGAGAGAAUCUGGUUCAAAAGCAGUAAUUUUAUUAAUAUAUUUUUAAAAUGCAAUGGAAAAACUGCCAGAUUCUGUGGUGAAACAGUAACUAGUGAUUUUGAAUUAAUGUGAAGCUUUUGAUGUAUAUAAUUUGUAAAUUGUAUAGUCAGCUAAAUGGAAAUAUUUUGUUAUGGUCAAUUUUGAUAUUCUGAUUAUCCUAUCGAUACUGACUAAUUUAUGUGUACAUUGUUGCACUUUUGAGAAGGAAAUGUUUAUUUUUUCCCUCUUGAAGUAUAAAAUGAAGUUACAAAUUAUAUUUGACAUGUUUUAAACAAUUGUACCUUUCUAAAUUAAUAUAAGCACGAACCAGUUAUGAACAUAUUUUUAAAAACUACACUUCUGAAAACUGUCAAAUUAGGUUCAUAUAAUGCCAUUUUAAAAGAAUUCUUUGGGGGUUUGAGUAAUAUUGAAAGGCCAUAUUGCCAACCCUGUGACAUUUUGGUCCUCAAAGACUGAUGAAUGAUACCAAAGAAUGUAAUACUUUGGAAAUUACUUUUAUGGUUUCAUAUUUUUUUUGAAAAAUGAUGGGUGACUAAAAUUUCAUAGAGAUCAUCUAAAGGUGCCAUUUUUAUCUAUAUCUCUAGCUCCUAUUUAUAUCUCGCUAUUUCCAAGAUGAGAUACUUGAAAUAAUGAAUUUCAACAUUCUUACUCUUUUAGAUAAUUCAGCAGAAUUAGAUGGAACUAUGGUACUUCUGUUGACUGUAUUAGUUACUAUAAGAUUUAAUCUUCAUUAUGAAAGCAAUAUUAAAAUAUUUGAAAUAUUUUAUUCUCUUAAAAUAUUUAUAGUAAAACAUUUUACAAGUGUUAUGGGUCAAGUAAAGUGCAACAAACAUAUUUUCACUGUUUUCAUUGAAAGCAUACUGUAUUUAACCAGAUUACUUUCUCUCAAUUUUGCAAAAAAUACUUUUUGAAGUCAUCAUUUGUUUUAGUCUCAUAUUUAUUUUUAAAAUAUAUUUUAUGUUGGAGUGUCUUAAUGUAUAUAUUGAUACCCAGUUUAAUUAUGUUUAUUUAUUUUGUAAAUAUACUAAUUGAUUAUUUCCAUUAAAUUCUGCAAACUGUGGCUAACAGGUGCUGGUCAUCUAAUAAUUGCUAAAACUAUUGGAAAUAAAGAGAAUGAAAUUUAAAUAAAAUAUUUCUCCUGAGGCUUUUUAAAUACAUAUUCACAACCAUAUACCCUAAACAAAUCUAUUUUUGCACCACAGAAUUACCAAAAGUGAUAUAUGGUUAUAAAGUUGAUGAUUCUUUUGAAUUGUCUGUAUAUUCCAUUUGUAUAAUAACCUGAAUUUAUUAUCCCCCAAAAGAAGAAGGUGGAUUUUGGAUUAAGAAAUUGAAGAUUUUUUACUUAAGAUACACACUAUUUUGUAUUAUAUAAUUUAUCUUGUCAGUUGAACAGUAUGGAAAUAAACUGGCAUUUUUCUAAAAAUAGUAAUACUACUCUUAAAAUCUGAUCCAAGUUUAUUCUCAGAAAAAUCAUUCAUGUUAUUGUUAUGAUUAUAAUAAAAAGGUAUAUAACUUUGAAACAGUGUAAUUAUAGACAAACAAAAGCUGUUUUGUGAUAUUAUUUUUUCCUAUUUUUUCUUUCAUUUUCUUCCAUUUAGUCAAAAUUAUAAAUAAUAUGCUUUCAUCAAUUAGCAGAAAAUAAUGGCAAGAAAUAUAUUUAAACAUCACUGAACCUAGUACAUGGUUUUAUUUGGUACUUUGUAUUACUUUUAAAAGAGAAUUACAAACAAUUUGUUCUGGACUUAAUAAUCUGAAUAUUUUCUAUUUUGUACUCGCAGAAAAUCUGUUUAACAAUAAAAUAAAACAAAACCUAAUAAGGAAUUUUUUAAAACCAAUAUUGUUCUUCAAAAGUACAAUACUAGAAUAGAUCACUCAAAUUGCAAAAUAGAAAGUCAGUCAAAAUACAAUAUGGCAAAUCCAGUAUAGCA